AUGUCUAUACCAGCCAUGGAAGGAUUCCUCUUGAUCACAUAUCCCGCAACGCUUCCCAAAGAAGGCAAAAUUCCUGUCGAAGAGAAGAUCAGGGGCCUCACAAAUCAUGAAUCCAUCUUGGACUACGUUGACCUUGGGGAAAACGGUCGGGAAGAAGAUGGUCUGGAGGUGCGAGGAUGGAAGAUCCAACAUAUUAGCGACAUUACCAAGGAGCAGGCUAUCGUAAAGUACGAUAUAAAAGAUGGAGAGUUUGUGGAGAUUGAAGAGGGCUACGAAUGGAAAUGUUACGAGAAGGGCCGAUGGGCCACUCCUGGACAACCAAACAGGAAGAUAUGA